AUGUUUAACAAAGCAACAUCGAAACUACCACCAAGAAUAGAGAAAUGGGUCAUGGACAUGCAGAAUGUAGAUUAUGAAUUAGUCUAUGAGCCAGGAAAGGAUGCAGCAGACCCACUAGACUUUCUAUCUAGACACCCACUACCAGAAACUGGUACAGAUACUGCAGAGAAGAUCAUCAAGCAGGUGAUAGUUGAUGAACAUGCAGUAGUGAUGGACCGGAUCAAAGAAGAAACAGAAACAGAUAGUCAACUGCAGAAACUAAGUAAUGUUAUUCUUAGAGGUGACUGGGAGCAGCACAAGAAAGACCCAGACAUCACACCUUUCUACAUGAUAAGAUAUGAAUUAUAUACAGCAGAAGGAUUGAUCUUUAGACUAAAUCGCAUUAUAAUUCCAAGAAAUCUACACCGUAAAGUCAUCAAAGCACCUCACAAAUUAGGUCAUUUUGGGAUGACUAGAACCAAACAGAUGCUGCGAGAGAAAUAUUGGUUCCCAGCGAUGAACAAUCUUGUUGAGCAGAUCAUAGGUCAAUGCUAUGAAUGCCAAGUAACUACUCAACAGCAUAAACAAGAACCAAUUAAAAUGACUACCAUACCAGAGAAACCCUGGGAUGUCAUAUUAGUUGAUUUUGGAGGACCGUAUCCGGAUGGGCAUUAUAAUCUAGUGGCCAUCGACAAGAGAACCAGAUACCCAGAAGUGGAAACCGUGUACUCAACAGAAAAAGCCCAAGAAAAUGUUUGCCACACAUGGUACACCAAGGCAGCUAGAAAAGAGUUUGCAGACUUUGCAAAAGAGGAAGGAUUUCAUCACCAUCUUGUAACACCCGAACAUGCACAAGCCCAUGGGGCAGCAGAAAGUUUCAUGAAGAUGCUAAACAAAACCGAAAGAAUAGCACAUCUUCAAGGCAAAGACUGUGAAACCGCCGUACAAGAAAUGCUAACAGGGUACCGUUCAACACCGCACCCAGCAACAAAUACAACACCAUAUGAAGCACUGAUGAAAAGACAAAGACUGAAACGCAGUGCUGAGAACAGAAACACCAAAGCAUAUAACUUUGUAGUAGGUGAUUAUGUUCUAGUAAAGCAACACAAGAAGAACAAAUGGACAACAGCUUAUGAACCAGCAUUCUACAUCAUCUACCGAAUUGAUGGAUCAAGUAUUGCAGGCAGACGUAUCACUGAUGGAAGAGAAACAUACCGUGAUGCAAGCAAAUUCAAGCUUGUGAAUGCAGUAGUCCAGAACAUCGAUGAAGGACAACAAAUACCUCUAACUCACAAUAAAGAGUUAGAUUCUGAAGACUGGAGAGAACAACUACUACUGAUGACCAAUCAGGAAGAGCAAGAAGUGAGACAACCAGAGCAACAAGCAGAAUCAGAAACUGUUUGCAAUACACCAAGCAAACUGAAAUCUGAACCACCAGUUAUUAGACCACAGAGGAACAGACGCAGACCAGCUUACUUGAAUGAUUACGAGUGA